UUUAGUGUUUGAUCGGACACAAAAAAGAGGCAAAGAUAAUGAUUUUUAUCUCCCCGCCACUGGCAAAAGCAAACAGUAGACUCUUUAUCUAUCAAGAGUCCUAUCUGUGUAUUGUCAACAUCUCCUGUGCGGGGGCGGAGGGGCUCAAAGAAAUACUAAGAUUGUCACGUGAGUGACUUGGAUUCUACAAGUCCUCAUAACUGAUAUAUGCAAUGCAAGGCCAAAUUCCUUGAUGUUGUACAGUUCCUGAUAAUCUGGAUGCGUCCUCAGAAUUCGCUGUGAAUACCCUCCAUCGCCACAUCACUUUCCAUGGCCGAUAACCACUCUGCUGAUGAGCCCCUGCUGCUGAACCUUACCGAUGCCGAGAAUGAGAAUCCGCCUCGUUCCACCUUUGCCACUGCGCUUGUCAAAUGGGUUCUCGGCGUCGCCAUGUGGCUCGUCCUCGGUUUAUGGGUCGCGGUUUUUUUUAUGUUCCCCUCGGAUGCCUGGACUGAGCUCGUGGAGAGUUGGACCAGCGUGACCAGCGGAAGCAUAUAUGGCAUUACAGCAGGGAGCAUAUUCUUGCUGUGUAGCGGUCCGAUUCUCGUCAUCGUGUUUCUUGCCAUAGCAAGUCUUAUGGUUGAUGGGAAGAAAGCGCUCCAAUUGAAGACGAGUAGCAAAUACCCAAGGAUUCGAUUGCGGACAUUUCCCAUCCUGGUUGAUGGACCAUUUGGAGUAGUCUCAGCAGCUGAGUUUAUUGGGAUUUGCCUCUUUGUAGCGUUCGCUAUCUGGGCUUUAUAUGCUUAUACCAUGCAGAAUCUCAACGUGUUGUUGGAGCCCUCGUUAUCUUCGGAAGCGAAAUGGAUUUUGAUGCUUACGGUUAUCGGAAUUCGCUUUGCUUGGAUCGGGAUGUUCUGCUUGGCGUUUCUCUUCCUCCCAAUUUCUAGGGGAUCUGUUCUUCUUAGUAUCAUAGAUAUCCCCUUUGAGCAAGCAACCCGGUAUCAUGUCUGGCUAGGACAUCUCACAAUGCCCUUCUUCACUCUCCAUGGGCUAUGCUUCGUAAUUGCAUGGGCGCUGGAAGGUCAACUGCUAGAUGAAAUACUGGAGUGGACGGAUGAAGGUAUUGCCAUUCUACCCGGGGUCAUCAGCCUUUUGGCUGGUCUACUGAUGUGGGUGACUGCGUUGCCUCCAGUGAGGAAGAAGAACUUCGAGUUAUUCUUCUAUACACACCAACUCUAUGUUGUCUUCGUCAUCUUUCUGGCUCUGCAUGGCGGAGAUUUUUACUUUAGUCUAGCUGCCGGAGGGAUUUUCCUCUUCGUGAUCGACCGGUUUCUCAGAUUCUGCCAAUCGCGAAGGACUGUGGAUGUAAUUUCCGCAACAUGCCUCCCUGGCGGAAGUGUAGAAUUGGUCUUCUCAAAGCCAGCAAAUCUGCGGUACACUGCCCUGAGUUUCAUCUUCCUUCAGAUUAGGGAAUUGUCUUGCCUUCAAUGGCAUCCUUUCAGUGUUUCUUCUAGUCCUCUGGCUGGAAGGAAACGUAUCUCUGUCCUCAUAAAGGUCUCAGGGGAAUGGACCUCGAACUUGAAGAGCAAGGUAUUGCAUAUGUCCGGCACAGAAGGAGAAAACGGACUCCACAGUCAAUCUCGUUCCAAAAUUACAGCUUCUGUCGAAGGGCCUUACGGGCAUGAAAUCCCUUACCAUCUGACAUAUGAAAAUCUCAUUCUGGUAGCUGGAGGCAGUGGGAUAUCCCCCUUUUUGGCUGUCUUGAGUGACAUACUCCAUCUUACAAAUCAAGGGAAACCAUGCUUGCCAAAGAAUGUCCUGGUGAUUUGGACCAUAAGAAAAUCCAAUGAGCUUCAUCUGCUUUCCACUCUGGAUACGGAGUCGACCUGUCCUAACUUUUCCGAUAAGCUGGACCUCGAAGUUCGUGUCUACGUCACUAGGGAAUCGGAUCCUCCACUGGAAGAAGGUAACAUUGAUGAGGGCAUUAGCACUUCCGUGUCUCCUCUAUCCAGGGGAAGCGGCAUGUCCGUUCUAGUUGGUACGGGAAACCGCGCGUGGUCCGGAGCUUAUGCCAUCUCAUCCAUUGUUGGAUUUGUCGUAUCGAUGGCCCUGCUGGACAUCUUCUACGUACACCCUUUUAAUAUACUCUCAUGGUGGUACAAAGGCCUCUUGCUUGUAGGAUGCAUGAUUGGCAGUGUAAUUAUAUUUGGAGGCCCUGUCAUCUAUUCAUGGCAUCGCUGGGAAAAAAGAGCCAUAGCUGCAGAGGAAGCCGAGGAUGGCGAGAACGAUGACAAGUCGCAGCAGAGUGCACAUUCCAAUACAAUGCAGGACAACAUAGUCCCAAAAGAUCGCGCUUUGUCAUGGACUACGCAUUACGGCGCUAGACCAAACUUUCAAGAAAUCUUCAUGUCCGUGUCUGAGUGCUGGGGCAAUGUCGAUAUUGGCGUGAUCGUGUCCGGUCCUGCAACUCUUCAGUCGAGCGUUGCCAAGCAGUGCAGGUCACGGAACUUGAGGAGGCGAGCGCUUCACCCAGUCUUCCAUUACAACAGCCACAGUUUCGAUCUGUAGCUACCCUGUCAAUGGCUGUUCAAUCUCAUCCGUGCCAAGCAUGUGACUGAUCCAAUCCGCGAGCAUCGAUCAGCCUAGAGUACUCAUGAUAUAGUAUCCUAAUCAACAAUCAUAUAGGAUUGGAUUAUCAUUGUAAUGGGACGCGACGCAGUAUUACGAUGCCUGGUUAGAUGAUUAGUGUACUCUGAAUUUGUGAGACACCCAGGUGUAUGCAAGUGGACAUUGUUUCACUGAUUCAUAUUAAUGAACUGAAUAUUAUUAGGA